CAAGGUGAGCCAACCAUGACGGGCAAAACACAGACCAGCAACGUAACCAAUAAGAAUGACCCCAAGUCCAUCAACUCGAGGGUUUUCAUCGGCAAUUUAAAUACAGCCAUCGUCAAAAAAGUUGACAUUGAAGCUAUUUUCUCAAAGUACGGGAAAAUUGUUGGCUGCUCCGUUCACAAAGGGUACGCCUUUGUCCAGUACAUGAGUGAGCGCCAUGCAAGAGCAGCAGUGGCUGGAGAAAAUGCCAGGGUCAUCGCGGGCCAGCCUCUUGAUAUUAACAUGGCAGGGGAACCCAAACCUUAUAGACCAAAGCCUGGAAACAAGAGGCCGCUGUCUGCUCUUUAUAGGCUUGAAUCAAAGGAGCCAUUCCUGUCUGUUGGUGGUUAUGUCUUUGACUAUGAUUACUACAGAGAUGAUUUCUACAAUCGGCUGUUUGAUUAUCAUGGGCGUGUGCCUCCACCUCCUCGAGCUGUCAUCCCCCUGAAGCGUCCCAGAGUGGCUGUCACCACCACACGUAGGGGAAAAGGUGUCUUUUCCAUGAAAGGGGGUUCCAAAUCUACUGUUGGUGGGUCAUCUUCAUCAGGCUCUAAAUUGAAAUCAGAUGAGUUACAGACAAUCAAGAAAGAAUUAACCCAGAUCAAAACUAAAAUUGACUCCUUGCUAGGGCGCCUGGAGAAGAUUGAGAAGCAGCAGAAAGCAGAGGCAGAAGCUCAGAAGAAGCAAUUGGAAGAGAGUAUAGAGCUGAUCCAAGACGAGUGUGUGUCAGAGAAUGCAGACCACUCCACAGAGGAGCCUGCUGAAGGAGGGCAAGAAGCGGAUGGAGGAGAAAUGACUGAUGGGGUAGAGGAGGACUUCGAUGAAGAUGGGGGUCACGAGCUGUUUCUACAGAUAAAGUGAUCUGAAGUUGUAUACAAUAUUGUAAAAGAAGAAAAAGAGGCUUUGACAUGCGGAGAAAUAUCAAAGGUGAUUUCAUUCUGAACAGCAGCACCUCCACUUCAGUUUAUGUAAAGCCCCAGUCAUAUGGACCAUACUGUUCACUUUUAGACAUACCAUUUCUUAUGUGUUAAAAGCUAUAAAAUUGUCAUUUUAUGGUUUACAUGGUAAAUGUGUUUUCCCUCUUUUUAAUUAUGUUUUGUAAGUAUUAAAGUGUGAAGAACAUUAAUGAAUGGUGAGAGAGACACUGUAUACAAAUGUAUAUUUGUAAAAGCUAUUUUUAUGAUUAGCAUGUGUCAUUGUUGAUCACAUAGUCACAUAGUAUUGCAAUUCUACAUUUAAAGCUUGUUUCCAGCAAUGUCAUAUGGAGAAUAUACAUUGUAUGCUAGUUUCUAUAAUUUAUUUUCUAUUUAUAGUUUAAGGUUCUUUAGACUAUGAGGAAAACUAUUUGAAAAAGCUAUAUUUCUGCCCUUUCUAAGCACCAUUUUAUUAAUAAAAGAAUGCCGUUAUUUCAGAAGUGAUGCAACCAUUUAAGGACACUGGUUUGACCUGUGAGCAUGCUUGGCACUAGUGAGCUGAAAUGACCCAAAAAUCACCUCUUACUUGAGACUGACUGUAAAAUUCUGCAGACAGUUUUCAGUAUUUGGAAAGAUGAGAAGUAGACUAAUAAGAAAAAGACUGUCUUGUCCUAGGAUCCCAAAAUUUCAGUUAGUGCACACACCCCUUCAUCUCAUUCCCUAGUCCUCAGAAUCCUCUAUUCCCAAGCACUGUAUUUUCCAAAAUCUCUUGGAUAUUGUCUUGUGCAGUGGAAAAGGGAGAGACCAUCCCUACAGGA